AUGACUGCGGCAGAGAAUCCUUCUUCAGAGAAGGAGGCAACAGAGUUCAGCUAUAUGCAGAGGAGUAGUCGCUUCUUGCUUCCCAGUCCCCUGGACCAACGGGCUUGGCCUUAUGCGCUCGAACUUCACAUCGAAGUUCAAUCACCCGUAGGGCUCGAGCUUAUCCCGGCGGCUGAGGAGAGUCAAGCCCGCCACGCCCGAAGCAUAUUGGAGGGGAGCCGCCAUGACUCUCGAGCCAAGGAUUGA